AUGAGUGUUACUCUUCUGCUCGUGCUGCUGGCUUGCGCGUUCGCGAUACAAGCGGCACCGUUAAGGGGCGGGCACGGAAUGGCGGGGAAGCUGCAGCAGCAGCAAGCGAAGGGGUACAUCGAGAUGCCGCAAGAAGACGACAACGCGGCGCGCGCCAACGAGCUGCCUUCCUUCGAACGGUCUAUGGAGCUAUAUCGCGCCUGGGAAGGGGUCUACGGCCUCGCGGACCCCGCGCAGCCUCCUGCGCGCAUUGCCCUGCCACCCAACGUGCCGCGCGCUCCGCACCUGGAGGACUGCUCUGUGCGGAGCACGUUCCGUCAGCAGACGGAGGCGCGCGGGCCGCGCGGGGAAGCGCCCACGUGGUCCAGCGUGCCGAGCGGGUGCCGUUACCCGCAGCCGCCUUGGGUGCGCGGAUCGGACGCCGCCAAUCUCGCCGGGACGCGCCAGGCGCAGGCCGACAUCUGGCUGCACCAGUUCCCCGCGCGCUCCGCCUCCGCGGCCGCUCAAGCCGCCAGGGGGGAGUGCGUCGGGCGGCGGUUGCUGGUGGUGCCGUGGCCGAGCCGCAGAAACGGCAUCGGGUCGCAGAUUCACAUCAUGAGCGCGUGGCUGAAUCACGCCAUGUCGCACGACCGCAUUCUCGUCACCACGCCCGGAUCCUUUGAGCGCGCCAACCACUCCCACUGCACUGGCGCAGCCAAGGGCUCCUUCUCCUGCUACUUCUUCCCCCUCGUCGCCCCCUCGUGCGACGAAGCCGCACUCGAAGCAAUAGCAGCCGUCGCAGCAGCAGGGCCAGCAGGGAAGGGUGGGGUGCGGGAGGUGGUGACGCGGGGAGGGGUGAGCGUGCUGGCUACAAGUCCCACGGGCAUGGGCGCAGAGGAGAUGGCGGCGGUACUGGCGUCCGACGCGCGCGUUCUGCUCUUCACUGUGUCUACUUUUCCCCCGCAUUCCACCGCGCUUGCUGCUAGGGGGGGUGGGGUGAGCGUGCUGGCUACGAGUCCCAAGGGCAUGGGCGCAGAGGGGAUGGAGGCGCUGAUGGGGUCUGACAGGCGCGUUCUGCUCUCCACUGAGUCGACCUUUCCGCCCUUUCCGCCCCAUGCCACGGUGCUAGCUGCCAGGCGGUGGGGCACAGCAUAUCUGGAGAGCAGGGGAGACACGGAGGUGAUGGGGCGGGUGCGCGUGGAGAACCCUCCGUACCUGCAGCUGCACUGGUGGCGAGCGCAAUCCUUCCGCUUCAUGCUGCGCUGGCCCUCAGCCUACCUCUGCCACCUCACCAACCGCGCCCGCCACGAGGCUUACGGGCCUAGCGCCAGGGCCAAAUUCCCUCUGCGCGUGUCUUCGUGGAUCACACGGUGUACAGGGGCAAGGGCGCUUGAUGGCACUCCUGCUCCCCCCUCUUGCCCUCAUCAAUGUGAUGCUUCAAACCCCACCACCCACCGGCCCCCACUGCCACCACCAGAGCCCUCCGCGCGUGUAUUCGUGGAUCACACGGUGUACAAGGGCAAGGGCGCUCUCAGUUUCGUCCCCAUUGCCCCUCGCUUCCGAGUCACCCAGGUACGCCUUCCCCCCUCUUCGCUCCUGUCCCCUCCCCUUUCCCCCCCACUGCUCUCCCCAUCCCCUUCUCCCCCUUUUUCUCCUGCCCCUCCAGUUCCCCGCCCCCCUCCUUUUUUCCCACCCAUCUUCCCCACCCAUCUUCCCCGCCCAUCUUCCCCGCCAUUUCUCCCCUCUCCUCUAGUGCUUCACCACCGCUCGUGGGCCGACUGGUUCCUAGACAGUCAGUCACCUGCAGACAUUGCGUUGGCUCAUUUGAAAGAGGGUUUCCUCUGCGUUGGCUCUAUGCCAAUUCGACUGGUUGCCCUUUGCCCUUCCUUCCUUCCCCCUCUUCUCCGUCUCCCCCCCCCCCUCACAACUUCUCCCCUCCUUUCUGUCCGCCGUGCCCUGUGCGGACGGACGGGAGCAUACGCAUUGGCUCGUGAGGGCUCCGUGCUGCUGAACUUUGCCAACGCCAUCGGCACGCGGAAAUACGACUGGGACAACAAGCAGGUGCGAACGAGAUAUUCCUCCCUCGCCUCCCCCUCCUCCCCUUCCUCUACACCCCCCUUUGUCUCAACUUCUCCACCGCCAUCGGCACGCGGAAAUACGACUGGGGCAACAAGCAGCCUCCGUAGCGUGGUGGCCCCCACCCGUGCCUCCCUUCCGCCCCCAGAAGCUCUCCCUGUCGGUGUCAGGGCCAGUGCUGGGUCUGUGUCAAAGAUUGGUGGCAGAGAUAGGGUCGGUGCUGGGGUUGAUGUUCUCCCUGUCAGUGUCAGAGAUCGGAUGUUCUCCCUGUCAGUAUCGGAGAUCGGGUCAGUGCUGGGGCUGAACCCAGAGGACAAGCUCGACUUCUACCACGACCCCUCCAAGGGCAGGAGGUGA